AUGUCUGCCUCAGACGCGGCUGUCGCAAGGCCCGUCGUCACGGUCGAGGACGAUGCCCCGCUAGACGGGCCCGUCGUGAAUGCAUCACAACAAAGUCUUGCGAGCCUCCCAUCGACCGAGGGACCUGCAUCGCCUGUCGAACCUGGCCACUCCUUCAAGUCCGAAUUGAACGAAGAUCGAGCUUCCGCCUCCGUCAUACCCUCGUCCUUGACCCCUCCGCCAUCCUCCCAGGUGCCCACCAACGGCGCCGGCAGCAGGGCCCCGCCGAGCUCUCAGAGACAGCGUAUGCUGUCUCCUCCAGUCACCGGACUGAACACAGUUCGCCAUGAGGCCACGCCUUCCGGCCUCUACACUGCACCGAGACCAGAUGCAGUCGUCGCUGCGUCGCCCGAUGCGCUUCGAGCCAUGCUCCAAGCCUGCCUCGCAGAACACACUCGUUUGAAGACGGAGACGGCCCACCAUAAGCUCCAGUACCAGCUCCUCAGCGUCCGAGCUGACGAAGAUGCGCAUCGCGCUGCUGUCGAGCAGGAGCUGACGCUUCGUCAGCUCGAGGCCUUCAGCAGGCAGAAAGCCGAGGCCCCAGCCCAACCAGCAAGGAAGAUUCCCAGCCCCAGUCCGGAGAUCUCGCAGGCCAUGUACGACGAGCUGAGGGAUCUGGGUGAGAAAGCUAUCAAAGAUAACGAGAAGAUCCGCAAGGACUACGAAGAGGCGUGCAAGCGGCUCAAGGCGGCCAAGAAGCUCAUUGUGCGCCAGGAGGAGGACAUGGACAGUUUACGGGAGGAGAACGACCUUCUCCGGACUCGCCUGCAAGACAAACGAGAACUCUGGAACCAACUGGCAAGCCCAGGGGGCAUGUUCCACACCCCAAAGACUGCGCAAGCGUCCCCGGCACAAUAUAGGACGACGCCACGACAGACGCCUAAACAUCGAGACAGCCGCGACGCGCCUUUCGCCGUCCUUCUCCAAGCAGCUACGCAGGAAAACAGCAGCGCCCCCUCAACACCAGCUACUCCGAACAGAUCGGGCGGGCGGCAGCCAUUGAAGCAUUCCCGGGCCGUCCACUCCAUGUCAUCCCUUCCAACAACGCCAAACCCGCCUAGGCCUCGCGGCUCCGAUUUGCUGCCAGCAGCCGACCUAGUACCUCAGACCGAGCCGCCGCGCCGCUUCGUCAACCGGAGUUUUAUUCCAGAAACACCCGAACGAGGCCUCAGCUUCGCCCGUAAUGAACGCCCCGAGCGGGCUCAUCAAAGCCGAGAAAGCACGAUAUCCGCCGACGACAACCAAGAGCUUGCUCGGGCCGCUCUCCAGUCGGUGGCACAACAGGUGGCGUCAUUCACUUCACGCGGCUCGCCCCCACCCCGACGGCCACUCCCGUCGCAGCGCAGUCAGCACACUGAAACAGACAGCCAAGUGUAUGAGAGCCAGGCCAGUCAGGAGGCGUCAGCAAUGCUGAGGAGAGAUCCUCGAGAGAGUUUCGAGGUUGCGAGCUCCCACAACUCGAGGGAUGUGACGCCGACGCCUAUCGCGACUGAGAAAAGUCAGAGAAUGCAGUCCACAUUGAGAGGCCCGAUUAACAAGUCUGGAUUGUCAGGUAGUGCAAAGCGCAAGUAUGAAGCCAGCGUCGCGGACGAGGCGAGACGCGCUGAACCGACGAGUCCCACUAAGAGACUGAGACUGGCUGGUGGCCUGCGCGAGGGAUCGUCCCUCAUUGGACUUGGGAUCCGAGAUUGA